CUUGUGAAAACUCCGGUCGUUGUGCACAAGGCCCCUCCAUCGCGGCGCGUUUGUGUGUGUGUUCGUGUGAUUGUUCGACUCGUUUGUGGUUUCGUUUCGAAAACCGCAACAACGUGAAUCACGGCCACGACAAACGGGAAACCACCGGAGCUAAUUGAAUAUAUCGAACGAUGGACGGCAACGGUGACAAGCUCAAUGUGGAAGGAAUUGGAAUGAGGGUCCUUUUGUUACGGUGAUCAUGUCGCUGGUUCCCGGAGGCCGAAAUUAUGUUGCGUCGCAUAUCCUUGCGUCGCGUCCCAUUCAUGGUUGGACUCUUCCUCGGAGUCAUCGCAUCGCUGCUCCUUGUCUCUCCGUUGAGCUGUGAUGUUGAUGCCGACGUUGCCAUCAGACCGAUCAUCAAUCUUCAAACCAGGGAUACCGAAGCCAACAAACAAUACUCGACUGUGAUUCGGCCAAGAUUCUAUUCAACGGAAUUAGAAAUUAAGGAAAAACUUCUGGUCAUCAGCUUGAGCGAUCGCGAGAACUUUGAUGAUUUCGGCAGAGCCUUCAACCACACUCUCGCUUCUCAUGCUUCGAAACUCGUGUUUUACGUCUGUUCAGACUCCGCAUCGAAUAGCUCCGCAUCUCGAGCAAACGUGGUGUUUGUUCACAGUGAAUGCAAUCGCUUGCUCUACCACGCCAUGCUUCACAUAGAAACAAGACAACUAGCCAAAGAAUAUGAUUUCGUGCUAAUCGCUCGAGCUUCAACCUUCCUGCGAGGCGACAACCUCAUGUCCCUCGUCAAUCAUAUGAGCAUAUCUCAGGACAUUUACAUGGGAACCCCCCUGGCAACAGACCCGAGAAUUUGCGACUUGGAAUACGGGAUCCUGUUUUCGGAGUCAGUACUGUUCAGGAUCCUUCCAAACCUUCAGAAGUGUCGCGGUGAUGCAGAUUUUCUAGAUGACGAUGACGCGUUGACUUGCCUUCUGAAGUACAACCCGAUAUCUUGUCAGACCCGCGUAGGCAACAGUCAGUAUUUAUCAGUGGACGCUGAUUCAAGACUCGAUCCGAGAUCUUUCUCUGACUCACAGCGACCAGUGAUAAGCGUUGCUCCAUUGAACUACCAUAAUAACUUCUACCAACUGAAUCAUAAACUAGACCAGCAAACCUACAAGAAAGUUCAAAGGCAACUCGUCGGCAUCAGCAGUAACAUAGCCGAGAUAAACGACAGGUGUAGUCUGCCGGAUCUCUGGCCCCGUGGAUUGCGGAAGUUCUUCCAGCCAAAAAAACGCUUCGAUGUCAUCAGGACUACUUACUUCAAUAUGACGCACCUAUUUUGGAAUACUGAUAACAAGGUGAUUGAAGCUCUGAACGAGAUUUCUUCGAGCGACAUAGAAUCAAUCGUCAGAGCAUGUGAGAAGCAUCUCCAAGAAAAGGUGACGCUCGUCAACGGCUGGCUGACAGUCGAUCCAGUCAUCGGAGCCACGUAUCUGAUCGACGUAUCGCUGAACGGAAAUCUCAAACGACUCAAAGUCGUCAGACCCCUGAGCCUGUCCGAACUGACACCGAUGCCCUACGUAACCGAGAGCACGAGAAUCUCGAUCGUGGUUGUGGUCCAUGGCGGUGAAAUCGAUAGAGCUUUGGCUUUUUUGCAGAACUACUCGAAAUUGAUGCAAAAAGGAGAUAACUCGAUGCUUCUGCUCGUGUUCGCGUACAGAGAUAAGGAAAACGAAGAAGACGGUUUCGAUCGGGUCCGCAAAUUAGCCGAAACAUAUUCAAAACAGUUUUUGAAAAAAGCGGCGAGGAUAGCGGUACUGAAAAUUCAGUGUCCAGAGCACAUACCGGAAUUCGGACUGAUUGAUAUUGUCGCCUCUAAGCUCUCACCUGAAGGGAUAAUGCUCAUCGUGCAACCGAACGUUCUUCUGACGGAGAAUUUCCUCAACCGUGUACGCUUGAAUACCAUCAGGAACGAGCAAACGUUUUUACCAGUACCCUUUACCUUAUAUAAGAACCUUGCACAAACAGUGGGCCAAUCUAUCACCAAAGACUCCGGUUUUUUCGAUAUCAAUAAUGUCGAAAACCUCUCAAUUUUUGUGGGUGACUAUUUACGUAUUCGUAGGAAUUUGCCACUUAUUCCGCUAGCGACGGUCUCAGCCGACUUGGACAGGGAAGCGUACAAAGAUUGUAUAUACGGUAUAGCCGAGGUGCUCCUCGCGACCAAAGAACUCCAUGUAAUGAGAGCCGCGGAGCCUGAGCUGCGGAUAGAAUAUAUGCACAGAGUCUGCGAGAACGUCACUUCUAAUUCUCGCCAGUCUGCUCACUGCAAGCGGACGAACAAAAUCACGGUUGGGAGCAAGAAAUAUCUAGCCUCGCUGGUAGCGUCUUGAUAUUGUUCGAACCCGGGUCGAGGAGAUAGGAAUUUUUAUAA